AUGCAUAAUAGCAAGCUUGACAGCCCAGCCCGAUUUAUAGAGGCUCUACGGAGCGGACCUUUACAGGAAUGGGUAGCAAUUCGGGUGAGGCGGGAAGAAGCCAAGUGGAAUGAGCGGGAUGGAGCGAAACGCCGAAGAACCCAAGAGGAGCCCCAGAAGUUGAGUGACCGGGAGGAGGAAGAGGAGGCAGACGUAGAGAAUGGUCGGGAGGUAGAAACUGGAGAUGUUUCAAUUGAAGGGUUACAAGUUCCGUGGCUACUAUCCGCGGAUGAGAAGCGUAGAAGUACUCAGAACAAUAGUACUAUAGAUGAGACAGGAAAUGAAGUAGGAGAUGAGACGGGAGCUAAGCGGGGGUUACGGCGUAAGAAGUCGAGCACGGCCGCCGUCCAAAACGGUGCCUGUGCGAGGGGCCAAAAUGGCGUCCGUGCGGAGGACGAACAGCCGCAGACCAUGGUGGCGAAGCCGAGAGCGGGAGCGUUGUUUAAACGCGGCUGGUCGUUGUCUGAGCUGGAAGGGCUGUUUCUUGGCAUGGAAAAUGCAGCCUGGUAUCGGACUCGAUUGCGUAAGUUGUUGGCCGAACAGGACGUGGCGAAGCGGACUGUGUUGCACCUGGCCGCCUACCACGGCAAUGCGGAGUUGAUACAACUUUUGCUAAGUCCGCUCCAGGACGGACGGUCGGGGAGCGACUUACAUGCCCCUGCGCAACAAGGAUUCCAGCCGAUCCAUUUCGCUGCCGCCCAAGGACACAUCGAGUGCGUGAAGCUCUUCCUCAAGGCUGGCUGCAGAGUCAAUGUAGCCACCACCAACAAGAAAACACCCUACGACCUGGCCGAGCAAGGUGGACACACUGAACUAGCACAAUUCCUCAAGAGCAAAGGAGGGCAACCGAAAGGUGGAGGCAUGGUUAAAGACAAGGACUUCCUCGCCGCAAUGAGACAAUUAGACGACACCGCUGGCGGCAUCGCUGGUAAUGGGCAGCAUGAUGAUGGACAGCCUCGGUAA